UAAGUAUUGUAAAACAAAACUCUGUAGUGAAACACAGCAACGUAUUUUAUCUGCAAACAUGUCUUGUAAAUAAUCCCAGCAGUUUCAGAAUGCCUUAUCAAGGGUCAAGGGACAACUGUUGUCAAACUAAGAAAGUCUUUGACUCGAACCCCAUUUGGGAUCUAUAUUUGAAUUAGUGAAGAGACUCAUGGAACCAGUGGCGUAGCUAGAAAUUUGGGGGCCCGGUGCGGAACAAAAUUAGUGGGCCCCCAUGAAAAUUACUGAUCGCACUUUUGUAUUUUGUAAAAAACGAUGAAAAAAACCAAUGAAAUCCAUCAAUGAACGUAAGAUUUUUUUUAACAAAUUAUUUGAGAAUUGUACCAAGUGUUGAGUCCGCCAAUUGAAAUAAUUUUAGAGUGACUACUAUAAAAGUAAAACGUGUAUAAAGUAAAAUUAUGUCAUAUGUUUGGAUUUAGAGUGCAUUUGAUCUCUGUCAAAUGUUUAUAGCACGAAGGUUUGAAUAAACAAUCCGACGACUGUCGGGCUCUCUUCUACAUCUGACACCGAACGAAGUGGACGUAUUUCUGCAAGCUCCGAAACAGUGACUUAACCUAAAAAGGAUACUUUUCCUUCCGAUCAAUCUAGCGUUGGUUACACCUCGUGGUCCGCUUUCUGCAGUGAGCUUUUCUUUUAAGUAUAAAACCCGAAUUUAACAGUUGGCGACGAGGAAAACGGUGAAGUGAAAGUGAAAACGUGCUACCACCUGGCCAACAGCGGCCGGAUCUUUGACUUUCGGCGCACCGGACGUGUGACCUUCAGGUGACCGCAACCCUUUCGAUCCCGGUGGCGGUGAUUUCAUCAACGAAACGGACCAGGAAGCGGAUAAAGGUUUCGCCCGGAUUUUUGAUCCUCGACGGUCGGACGUUUGACCUUCACGGCGACCGCAACCCUUUCGAUCCCAGUGGCGGGAUUUUGAUCGGCUAGAGUGCAGGGCAAUUGUGAACGAUUUUUUUCCCCCAUCUGGAAUUAGCGGCGUUUUGAUUUGGAUUUCUGAUAUUUUUUUUGUCGGCGUUUGUGAGGCAAGUUUGCUUGAGUGAUUUUUGCAAUAAUGGCCUACGUAUCCCCGAAUAUUGACCCGUACCGAAAAGGGCAAUCUUUUGCUUCGUGGUAUAAGCGACUUGGCUACCAUUUUCGCAUCAAUAAGGUGGCGGAGGAGAACCGAAAGGACCAGAUGUUCCUUUUAGGGGGCGAAUACCUUUUCGAAGUGGCACAGAAUUUGUACCUCAGCGAGCAGUUGCUUGAUGCAGCUCCGCUUGAAGAAUUAGUUGAAAAACUUAAGCAAAAACUGGACAAAACAGACUCAGCUUUGAUUCAACGAUUUAAAUUCGGAUCCCGGGUACAGCAACCUGGAGAAACAGCCAGUGAUUUUCUUUUUUCACUAAAGCUCCAAGCGGAGUAUUGUGCUUUCAAGAACGACAAAGAUGGUCGAAUUCUUGAUCGUGUCCUUAUUGGCUUGUCAGAUGACGCCCUACGACAGAAAUUGUUGGCUGAGGAAGGGGAAAAAUUUGACCUUGCCCAAGCUGAGAAGAUGAUUACCACUUGGGAAAUGGCUGCUUCUCAUGCAAAAGCGUUAACAAAGGAAGAUUCUUCCACACAAAUCGCCUCCAUCGGUAGUCUGACUGGGGGGCGAGGUGCUGUUUUGCAGCGAAUCACAGCUUUAGCGCGGGGUCGUGGUCCUGUGAAAAGCCGACUAGGGCAGCGGCCCCAGUUCCAGUCUACUGUACAACCGUACAACAGGUACAAUGAUCGAGGUAGUUAUCCUUCGCAGUCCAGACAGCCUAGACCGGCGCGGUUCCAGGAACAGCAUCGCCGAUACCAGGAUGCAGCGGUUUAUCCUGCGGAAAUGAGGGACAACCAGCAGCAGAGAAUCGACCAACGAGUGUGCGAAUACUGUGGUGUGCGAGGCCAUGUGAAGAGGAAGUGUUUCCGACUGAAGCACUUCAAGAAGGAUCCGAUCAACAGCAUCGACAUGGAGCAACCUGGCCCAAGCAUGGAGAACAAGUUGUCCAACAUGAUGAAUCAGAUGACCUGGGAGGACAAAAGCGAUGAUUCGGAUCAAGGUGAAUUAGAUUGUAUGCACAUUUCAACAAUUAACCAAAUAAGCAGUCCAUGUCUACUAGAACUAACUGUUGAGGGGAAAAUAUUGCAGAUGGAAGUCGAUAGUGGAGCUUCUGUUUCUGUUAUUGGGAAAAAGCUAUUUAUUACUAAAUUUGAUAUUCCUCUUCAGAAAAGUUCGAGAAACUUAAUUGUGGUGAAUGGUUCUAGUUUGAGUGUUGCUGGAGAAGCUAUUGUUUCGGUUGACUUUCGGAAUAAAACGAGCAUUUUAAAACUUGUGGUGUUGGAUUGUGAGCAUAAUUUUAUUCCUCUUUUAGGCAGAACAUAGUUGGAUGUUUUCUCUCCCAACUGGCGUAAUUAUUUUGACAAAUUAGAAGCUGUUAAUAAUGUGAUUGAUGAUAGACACAAUGUUUUGCAGAAUGAAAUUAAGGCUAAAUUUCCUGAUGUUUUCAUCAAAGACUUUUCGUCUCCUAUUAGAGGUUAUGAAGCCGAGUUGGUUUUAAAAACAGAAAAACAAUUUAAGAAAGUUUAUGACAUUUCCUUCAGGUUGAGGGACAAAGUAACUAAAUGUUUUGAUAGUCCAGAUUGUCAAAAUUUUGAAAUUCUCAUGCAAAAUAGUGCAGACUACAGACGAAAACCUUUUAUUGUUUUGGGUAGAUUGUCUAAAGCUAAUAUUAAGGCAAAUUGGAAGGCUACGAAAGUGUUUGUAUUUUGGUCGGAAUAUCUGUAUCAUGCCAUUUGCAAAGAAGGUUUGUUGCAGUGGAAAACUCCUUUAUAUAACAAUAACAGAUACAUUCCAGGUUUGUCUUGCAAACUAUAUCGGUUGUAUAGUUUGUUGAAGAACGAAUUUAUUGCCUUUUGGAAUGGUAGUUGUAACAAAUCAGAUAGUUUACUUUUUGGAAAAGUUUUUCUUGGAUUGUUCUGUCCAAGAAAACAAGUCGUAGUAGUAUAUGGUGUAUUUGAUAGAGUUGUUUUGCAUUUUGUUGGCAGAGUAGAGAAAUCCAAGGUUUUGACAAGUAUUUUUUCUAAAAAGGUGGAAAAUGAGUUGAUGGAAAAUUAUAUAUCGUGUUCAGAAGUUAUUAAGAAAUUGUUAGCAUAUUUUGCUAGAUUUGGGUUUCCGGAUAUUUUAGUAUCAGACAAUGGUCCUCCAUUCAAUAGUUAUGAUUUUAGGAGCUUUCUUGAAAGGCAAGGAAUAAGGGUCCUGAACAGUUCUCCAUACAAUCCUGCUAGCAAUGGCCAGGCGGAGAGGCUUGUUCGUACGGUUAAAAAUGUUUUGAAAAAGCUACUUCUUGACCCAGAAUACGCGAAAGUGGAAUUGGAAGACCUGAUAAACUUAUUUCUAAUAAAUUUUAGGAACAAUAGUUUGACGAUGGAGGGUUUCUUCCCUUCCGAAAAAGUUUUAGCAUAUACUCCGAAAUUAUUAAUCGAUUUGGUUAAUCCAAGGCGACAUUCUAACCAUCAUAACACACAAGUGACUAAUAAUAACAACCGCAAUGAUGAGCCUUACACCGGAUCUAACUAUAACCUUUAUAAAGAGGUUCAUAAAGAUCCAUUGGACAGUCUGAUGGCGGGAGAUGUACUAUGGUACAAAAACCAUAAUCCUCACCAUCAGGCUAAAUGGUUAAAAGUGCGUUUUAUUAAGCGUGUUUGUAAACAUAUC